CGCGACGUGGGCAGCCGUAAAGCGCCCCCGCCCGCGCCCCGCGCCCCGCGCCCCGCGCCCCCGCCCCCAGACGGAGCUGCUUCCGCGCGCCGCCGGCCCACACGAUGGCCGCUUUCGGGCCGCGGGUCGAGUACCUGGAGCGCUUCCGCUGCCCGCUCGGGGGCCUGGCGGCGGGCAAGCCCCGCGUGCUGUGCCACGGGGCCGAGAUCUUCGUGUCCACCGGGAGCGAGCUCGUCUACGUCUACGACCAGGAGGGGCGGCUGCUGACCGCCGUGUACAGGUUCCCGGGCCCGGUGUGGCACCUGGAGCUCCGGGCCCUCGGCAGGCUGCUCUACGUCCUGUGCGCCCAGAAAGGCAUCUACUGCUUGUCGUUGGACCAGGCGAGCAGGUCUGUGAACCGAGGUGAUGGGGAUGACAGGGACAGCGAGGACAGUGAGGACAGCGAGCCCCCUUGCGCUGUGAUCCCCGUGCACCCAGAUGCCUGCCUGCUCCCGGAUGACACUCUGUGCGCUUUCACUGUGGUCGAUGACAUGCUUGUCACCCUGGCACAGGGCCCUGCCCGGUGGAAGGUACAGCUGUCUGAGUGCCCCUGUCCAGGGGAGGGCGCCAGACCCAGAGGCCACAUUGGCGAGGUGGAGUUGUCCACCUCCAGCCCCGUGGCUGGGGCCCCCGGGGAGCCCGCAGCCCCCCGCAUCCUCCCAGUGCUCUGCUGUGCGUCUCCUCCGGGCCGCAGUGCUCUGCAGACCCCUACGCGGGGCUCCAGGGGCUUCUCGCUGGAACAGGCCCUCUUUGGGCUACUCUUUGGAGUUGAUGCCUCCCUUCUAGAAUCACCAGUGAUCCUCUGUGGUCUCCCCGAUGGCCAGCUCUGCUGUGUGGUCUUGAAGACCCUGGUCACCUCAAGGUUGUCCCCAGGCGACCCGAAGGCCCUUGUCAAGAUCCUCCAUCACCUGGAGGAACCCGUCAUUCUCAUUGGGGCCUUGAAGACAGAGUCGUUGCCCGAGGACGCGGAGGACACACACCCUGACUGCCUAGUGGCACUUGGUCACGGUGGCCGGAUCCUGGCCAUCAAGGCCAGCUGGGACAAGGCAGGGACUCUGGUGCCAGAGCUGCAGGAGUACCGGCUGCCGGGGCCUGUGCUCUGUGCGGCCUGUGGCGGGGGGGGCCGUGUGUACCAUAGCACCCCCUUGGAGCUCUGUGUCGUGGACCUGGCUCGGGGACAUGCCCCCGAGGGGGGCCCGGGAGGCCUGCCGUCUCUGCUGUGUCCAGCUGGUUUAGGCAUCUGCAGCGUCGUCACCCUCUCUGUGUCCUCCGAGGUGCCCGAAGGUGGUGCCAGGCUCCUGGCCCUGUCCACCAGGGGCCGCCUGAUGACCUGCAGCCUGGACCUGCGCUCUGAGAUGCCGUGCCCCACCAGAGCCGCUAUGGCUGAUACUGGCCAAAAGAUUAAGGAAUUGCUUUCUGGAAUCGGCACCGUCUCUGAGAGAGUGUCUUCUCUGAAGAAGGCAGUUGACGAGCGGAACAAGGCCCUGACGUGCCUCAACGAAGCGAUGAACGUGAGCUGCGUCCUGCUGGCCGGCCGGGAGGGCGCCAGGCCCAUCUCGUGCACCACCACCACCGCCUGGAGCCGCCUGCAGCCGCAGGACGUGCUGACGGCCACCUGCCGGCUGGAGAACAACAGUGGCCUCAGUCUGGACCGGGGCUGGGCCUUGUGCGUGCAGGUGCUGACCACCCCCGCCUCGGACCCAGACGCGGCUGGCUCGGCCACCACCUACACCAUCCCCGUGGACCGGCUGGGCCCUGGCGAUCGGCGGGAGGUGACGCUGCCCCUGGGCCCUGGGGAGGAUGGCGCCCUGGACCUGCCCCUGACCGUGUCCUGCGCACUACACUACAGCCUCAGGGAGGUUGUGGGUGGGGCCCUCGCCCCCUCGGAGUCUUUCACGGGCCCCUCUCUGGAUGAGUGCCCCUCUGACGUCUUGCCUGAGCAGGACGGCAUCUGCCUGCCCCUGAGCGAGCACACUGUGGACAUGCUGCAGUGUCUGCGCUUUCCUGGCCUGGCCACACCCCACACGCAGGCCCCCGGGCUGCUCGGCCCGGUGAGCGACUCUGUGGACACCUUCUUGGGAUCUCUCGGGCCAUGCAGCGAGCCGGCGGGACCUGCUUCCCUGCGGGCCAAGUUCCUGCCCCCGUCGGUGGCCACGAUCAAGGUGUCCGCAGAGCUUCUGAGGGCCGCCUUGGGGGACAGUCAUGCAGCAGGCACGUCCCUGGGCUCUGCCACCCUGCAGUGGCUCCUCGCUGAGAACACGGCCCUGGAUGUCGUGCGGGCCCGACGGCUGUGCUCGGUCCAGGGAGUGGCCCCAGAUGGCACUGACCUGCACCUUACCAUCCGAGAGGUGACUGUGACCCACCUGUGCACAGCAGGGCCCAUGCAGACCGUGGAGAUCCAGGUGGAGAGCUCCUCUCUGUCUAGCUUGUGCAGUGCACACCACGCGGUCAUCGGGCGGCUGCAGAGGAUGGUUGUGGAGCACGCUGCCCAGAGCUCCAGCCCACCUGACCUCCGUGUGCAGUAUCUCCACCAGAUCCAUAUCAACCACGAGGUCAGCUGCCACAUCCCAAGUAGGAUUUGCGCAUCGGGGGUGUCCCAGCAGGGAGGAGGGGGCUCUGAGCCCUUGCCUGCCCCACCGCAGACACUGCUGCAGGAGGUGCGGGCCCUUCGGGACCGGCUGUGCACGGAGGACGAAGCCAGCUCCUGUGGCACUGCCGAGAGGCUCCUGCAGGUGUACGGGCAGCUCCGGAGCCCCAGCCUCCUCCUGCUGUGACGCCUCGUGGGCCCCGCCCCGCCCCCGCCACAAGCCAGGCGCCCCCGUGGCUUUACGGAGACACGCCCAGGGCACCGGAGGCUGCUUCCCGCCGCCUGACCCUGGCUGUGGCUGUGGGGUGGGGGAAGGCAGGUGAGCCGGGCCACUGAACGGGACACGGGGCCCGCGGCUGCUCCAGGGCGUGUGUAAAGCGCGUCGAUCACAGGCGCCCGGGGCACCGGGCUCUGCCCUUGCGGCCCCGUCCGCCCUGGCCCGAGCGGCCCACAGCGUUCCCCUGCCUUGGACAGCCGCCCACGGCUCCCGCGGCACCUGGUCGAGCUGGGCGGUCCGGCCCGGGGCACGGGGGCUGGGUCAGCGGCCUCCCCUCCCCGCAGAAGUCGGGCCGCGGACAAGGUUUCUGGGGUCGGGACCUGCGGGUUUGCGUCUCUGACUGUUGCUGUUCCCACCGCCCCGCUGCCCGCCCACCCACGCCCGCCACGCGCAGACCCCUUCGUCCCCCUCGGGGCCCCUCAGCCCUGCGUCUGUGCUCUGCUGAGGCCACCAGCUGGGACGCCGCUCCCUGUGGCUCCCACCCUCACCCGGUAGGUGUUCCCAGCCGGGGCUGCGCCCGGCGCCCAGCACUGUGCGUUGCUUCCAGGGUCCCUCACGGUGGGCUGCAGCCCCCCAGCUGCCUCCCUCCGGCGCUGACGCCCGUUCGGACUUGACAUGGUGCCGUUGUGCGCGUGCGGGAGGCGCGAGGCUCCUCUGCCGCAGAACAAGUGUGCUCUCGGGC